GCUUGCUUUGCUUUGUUUUAGCUAUGGCUGGGUUUUAACCAGGGGAGAGGUUUCACUUUUGAGUAUUGUAUUAGUCAAGUCGGAGGGAGAUGAGUGGGAGUAUUUGUUUGUGUUGUAGGGUAUGAGGGCAGUUAUAGUUCUCAUAUACUUGAGUAUCCAGCGCGCGUGAAUGAGAAGGAAGAAGGAGAGCUUCACGCAUGCACACAUAUCAGUCGCAUCACCCCUCUCCUACCACCCUCCCCCGACCGAUCCUCGGUACACCGGCCCCUUACCACCAUCCAAUCCCCACCCCUCCCUUCAAAUCCCCGCAAGGCGAAUCUGGUGUCUUGUCUUUGUCUUUGUCUUGCUUUGACGCUGGAUGGAGGGGAGAGUUGAUGAAGAGGAUGAGGUAAGUCCGCGGAGAUGGCAGCGUGAGAGUGAAUCGAGCAUAUUCUGGCCUUUGGAUAUAUUACCAUCCCUCCGCGCGAGUAAGUCGUCUCAUCAUGUCAUGUCCGCGUCUCCCUCUCCUAACCUCAAACCUCGCCGCCUGGAAACAAACAUCCCCAGUCCAUCCCACAGACUUGAUAUCAGACCUCACUCACUAUAGCGCCUUCGCAGCGCCACCAAUAUGACCAGUCCCUCCUCCACAGCGUCGAGUCCUAUACCGGGGGACGCAUAUUUCGCGGACCUGUACCCCCUUGCCUCGCCUGUUCACUCGCGCUCGCCGUCGCCGAUCUGUUCACCUCCCUCUGCUCCUCGUCCUCCUCCUGCUGCAUCUGGGAAAUUGAAUCAUGAUCAGCAUAACCCCAACCAGCCGCUUCACAACACGCACAGCCAGAGCCACACGCACACCCACAGACCACCACCCUACCGCCCGCGCCUAGACUUCGCGUCACCGAAAUGGGGGGCGUACAGACCGAGUCUGUCCUUCUUGCCCUCUGGGGGCACGAGUCCCGCCAGUGUGAGCGCGAGUACAAGUACGAGCCCUUUGACGCCGGAGAGCCCUGUUGGAGGGAGCGGAGGCGAGGGGGAGAAAUACACGCUGUUGAAGGAGGAGGAGAGGGGUUUUGGGGGGGAGAGGGUUAGUGCGCAGAAAAUGAAGAGACGAGCACAGAAUCGCGCCGCGCAGCGGGCGUUUAGGGCGAGGCAGACGGAGAGAGUGGCGGAGCUGGAGAGGGAAGUGGAGGGGUUGAGGAGGGAGUUGGAGGUUUUGAGGGGGGGGUUAGGGGGAAGGGGGUAA